GUAAGUAGCUGUGAUGUACCUACCUACUCUUAUGUGUAAAAUUUUAUUUCAUUGAUGUGACUACUGUGAUAACUGAUAAGUGAUAACUAAUAAUACGAAAAACAGUUUAUUCUAAGCGAAGACGAUCUGUCAGCAGCGUUGGGUAGUAACAUAACUCAAAUUAUAAAUUACAGUAACGAAAUUACUUUUUAAAAGUAAUUUUUAUGGAGUAGGUAACGUGUUAUUUUCCAAGUUAUUAAAAUAAGUUAUGAAUGUAGAAUGUAUGACAAAAACUAGGGAAAAACACGAUGUUCAUUUAAUUCGAUAAUUUUAUUAUUCAUGAUUCCGCAUAUUAUUAAUACAAUUUCAUUCACAGGAUUUCACACAAUAGCUAAGGUACUUUUUAUUUGUACUAAUAUUGCUUAUAUUUUGUACAACUAUCAGAAGGUGAUAAAUGCGAGAACAUCAAAAUAUAAUAGACCUUUUUCCGACACUGCGUCAUCCUGAGAUUAAAAUACCUUGGUAAAUAGAUAAUGUUUAUUUAACCAAUCAAUUAAAUAACGCCAUGUUAUAUAAAGGUUAAUCAAUUGAUUACAAAAUUCAUAUUAAUAAUGCACACAGAAUCAUAUUCAAUCUACUUUGGUGUGUACUAAGUGCUAGUGAUUUUUGUCGAUCGUUAUAAUAUAAUAUAAAAAUUAAAAUUGAUACAACAAUAUGUAUUUACCUGUUAUUCUAACUUUGAUUUUGAGUUUUGUUACAAACCUAACAAUUUGUAAUGAAAGACCAGUGAUUGGAAUACUAACACAAGAAGUUUAUUGGUCUUAUCUAAACCAUUUAAAACCCUACAAUAACUCGUAUAUAGCUGCAUCUUAUGUUAAAGCAAUUGAAGCUUCUGGAGGGCGAGUUGUACCAGUUUUCACAAACAGGACUACUGAAUAUUACAUGGAUGUAGUGAACAAAGUUAAUGGAAUUUUGGUCCCAGGAGGAGGAUGUGCGUUUAAUAUUAGUUUCGGAAUCAGUCAAUCUACAAAUGAAGUUUUUCACAUUGCCAAACGUGUUAAUGAUGGUGGAGAUCAUUUUCCAAUACUUGGAAUUUGUCUAGGAUUUGAACUUCUUUUAAUCGCGUCCAUUGGUGGAAAAAAUCCUCUGACUUGCUGUAAUUCUAACAACGUGAAUUUACCACUAAAUCUAAUACCAACAAUGGAAGAAAAAAGUAUGUUAUUCAAAACAAUGCCAAAGGAUAUUCGAAACAUAUUACUGACAGAACCAGUCACAGCAAAUCAUCAUAAGUAUCAAUCAAUUAUGAUGCUCAACUUAUCAUUCGUUUAAACUUGGCAACGUUG